AUGGCUUCAGACGCGCAACCAGCGCUUCGGAGCGUGCCAGAUGAGACGCUUGAGGCUGCGGCAGAGCUGGUCAAGCGCAUCGCCAUACCACUUACCACCAACAGCCCCCCUGGCCUCGUUCAAGCUCUGACUUUGGAUCCGUGGUCGCAAUCCGGCAAGUAUGCGCUGGGAUGGACGUACUUCGCCCUGGCCGUCGUGGGCUUGGCCGUGUUCAUACGGGUAUGGCACUUUUGGCAGGAUAAAAUUCGACAAGCCAUCUACAAGCAGGAGAUGGAACAACACUUCAAGGAGAUGUACAGCUUGGAUCCGGACUGGGACAGGACAGGGGCUUUGGCGACAGGCAUGACGCAGGCGGAAUCCAGGCGCCAUUUCUUUCCCGAUGAAGUCGUCGAAGAGAAGAAGUUCAAGCCGAAGGCCCAUUUCUCGUCGGUCGGCUUCGUCAACGACACGCUGGCCCUUUUUCGAUGGGUGUUCUAUCGACCCAUCCCGGAUAUUGUGUGGAGGAAACACCGCUUCACGUUCUCAUCCGUCGCCGUCUUGUUCUCAGUCUUCGUCGCGCUCUCGUUCGUAACAAUCUUCAGCUUCCUCCAGCAACCGCUCUACUGGCAGAGCAUCCGGUUCGGAUCGCCGCCGCUAGCAAUUCGCUCAGGGAUGAUCGCAGUUUCCAUGACCCCGUGGAUCGUUGCGACGAGCACAAAGGCCAACAUCCUCUCGUUCAUCACUGGUAUCGGUCCAGAGCGGCUCAAUGUCUUCCACCGCUGGCUCAGCUACCUGUGUUUGUUCAUGUCGCUCGUCCACACCGUUCCUUUUUACAUCCAACCAGUCUGGGAGGAUGGCGGCAUGGACGUUUUCUCGGCUAUUUUCCCUCCGGACAGCGGCAUCUAUAUCUACGGCACGGGUAUUGCAUGCCUUGUUCCCCUUGUCUGGCUCUGCGCUGCGUCAUUGCCCAUCAUUCGAAGAAAGGCGUACGAGCUGUUCGUUAUGCUUCACGUCCCAGUCGGCUUCGUCUAUGUUGGCAUGCUCUUCUGGCACACCAAGAACUACCUGCUCUCUUGGAAUUACCUCAUUGCAACCAUCGCCAUCUUCGUAUUUUGCAACGUCAUCCGGCUCUUUAACCUCAACUGGGCCCGGCCGUGGCGUCUGGCGUUUAUGAUCGGAGACGAAGCCGCCAUCAACAUCAUGACGGAAAACACGAUCAAAAUCACCAUUCCAACCCAGAUGCGAUGGAAGCCGGGCCAGUAUGUGUAUCUACGCAUGCCUGGCAUCUCGGUCUUCGAGAACCAUCCUUUCACAAUCUCUUCUCUUUGCAGUGAGGAUUUUCCUUCCGAGUACGGCGAGCAAUAUCGGGACUGCGUGCUCGUUUUCCGGCCGUACGGCGGAUUCACGCGCAAGGUUCUCGAGACUGCCAUCGAGAAAGGCCCGUUUCACACUUAUCGCGCAUUUCUCGACGGGCCGUAUGGAGGCAUGCGUCGCGAGCUUGCCGCGUUUGACACGUGCAUUCUCAUUGCUGGCGGCAGCGGUAUCACAUCCUUAAUGUCGCAGUUACUGAACCUGAUCAAGCGCAUGCGCGACGGGAAGGCCAUAACCAAGAAGAUUGUGGUGGUGUGGGCGCUGAAGCGGCUCGAGGCCAUGGACUGGUUCCGCGAGGAACUGCGUAUCUGCCGCGAGGCGGCACCGCCCGAGACUGUUACUUGCAAGUUCUUUGUGACAGCAGCAGUCCGUCAUCAGGGAGCUGCGGGUGCAGCACAAGGCCGCGCACCGAGGCCGCUGAGCAACAUGUUCCAUGACAAGCUGGACGGCUUUGUGGCUGGGAUUGCGAACAAGCGCAACAGUGCUCUGAUCAUGUCCGAGGCACAGGGUGAUCCUGAUAAGGAGCGUGAGCUGCGCGCCGAAGACGAGGACCGCAUCACAGCCCUGCCCCAACAGAAAUAUCUCCAGCCUCACUCCUUCCCGCCUCCGCCACCAGGCCCGCCACCAAACAAGGCGGCGGCGACGGAUGAUACUCUCCGCAGGCUUGAAGGCCGUGACAGCGAAUCCAAGCAACUAGAGAGUGAUGCCUCGGUGGGCGAUAGCAAGGCCGGUAAACUUGACGGCGAAUUCCACUUCCCGCCGUUGGCCCGCCCCGGCGAGAAGGCACCGCACUUUAACUUCGCGCCGCCGGCUGGUAGACAGCGCUACAGCCAGCUCCUCGCCCCAGCCGACGCUUCUGGGCGCCCGAGUCAGGCAGGUAGCGGUGGAAGUGAUGGCCAAGACCAACCCGAGAGUGGUCCGUCAACGGCGCCUGUGCGGCCACCCGAGCUUGCACACCUACGCACCGACGUGGGCGGUGUCCAGCGGCCGCGGCCAACAAGCACAUUUGGCCCGCCGUCGGGAUUCGAGUUUGGCUUCCCUGAGACGCCGACGGAGUUCCAACGGUCACUGAUGCGCUUCGCCUUCCCGAUCCCUCACGAGAUCGAUGGCGGCUGGAGCGUGGAGUACGGCCGGCCCGACCUGGGCUACAUGCUAAAGGAAUGGGCGACAGGCGGGCCCGACGGACGCGGCGUUCUAGGCAGGCGAACUGCCGUGUACGUGUGUGGACCGCCGAGCAUGAGAGUUGGCGUCGCCACCACGGUCGCCCGUCUGCAGGCUGAGAUCUGGGGCGACGACAUGCUCGAGGAGAUCUUCCUGCACGCCGAGAACUACGCCCUAUGA